AUGGACAGUGACAGUGAGGGAUACGAGUCCGAUGUCAGUUCGAGUUCGUGCGAGUCGGGGACAGGCAAGCGAGCUCGCGAAGGAGAGAGUGAUGACGACCAAGACACAGACGAUGAGCGCUCAGCCUCGCCUACGACUUUGGUGCUGGCGGACUUUGACGCUUGCGACUUGAAGACACCUGUCUACUCGACUGCUCAGACCCCUGGAGCUGCGAUCAGGAUGUUAAAUAAUGUCGCCCUCGGAGGCGGAUCGCUCGUCUCGCCUGCAUCACCCGCCUGUUCAAUUGAUCUUGAGCCAUUCCGCAUGCUCUCCAACUACAAGGGAUACAAGAAGGCACUCUACCAUAUCUCGGAGAUGGCUACGUUCGAGGAGGACAUGGAAUAUGUGAAGCAUAACGAACCACUCGACAAGUUUUUGGCUCGUGUGGAGAAGAGGGCUGCUUGUGAGACAGACCCUGAGGACGAGGACAUCAAUAGCGGACCUGCUUUUGCUGCGACUCGCGCAGUUGCUUACCCCGAGUCCGAGUCUGAGGACGAGCACAGUGUUAGAAACCGAGGUGAUUUGGCUUCCAAGGUGUUUGUUACUGCUAUUGUUACUGCCAAUUACCACAAGCAGAGACAGGACUACGGGGAUGGAAAUACCACUCCCAAGGCAUUUGGUGCUGGCAGGGUCCCGGAUCAGGAGUUAAGCGUGGAUGCUGAUGACUUUGAGCACUACAACAACAACAACAACAACAACAACAACAGCUAUGAUGACUCGCUCAGUGGUCAGGAUCUCAGCAACGAUGACAACAGAGACUGGGGAUUUUACAGCGACAACAGUCAGGAAACUGUUCGCGGCUACGGCUCAGGAGACGACGAAGACGAGCAGGAUCUCGACUACGACCACGAGGAUUCAUUUGGGCGCAACUACAAGGCCGCUGAUAGCGCUAACGACUCAGGUCACAGCUACGAGGAUGAAGAUGGCGACCACGAAGAUGGAUACGCAGAUCACCGGAACGACGACAAGGAUUCCUUUGAACAUUACGAUGAGGCUCCUGACGGCGCCACUGCCUCGGGACUCCACUACGAGGACGAAGACGAUUAUUUCAAUUACAAGGAUGACAAGGACUUUGACGCUACUAACGCCUCUUCUGCUGAUGUGACGUGGGUUGCCUCGCCUGGAACUGCUUCUCCUCACAUUGCGGUCAAGAGUUUGGUCUAA